AUGUCUGGGAAACAGAUUUGGGGAUCUCGAAUUAGAUCUUCCCUUCAUGCAUCUAGAGCUACGAUAGCUCCCGUCAGACCGAUUCCAGCGGAGAUUCGAUCUAGAUACAACUCGUCUUCGAAAGAAACAGCACAAAAUGAAGGAAACAGACAGGAUAAAAAUGAGGAUAAGGAGGAAGGGGCUAUGGCAAGGCGUUUGUCUCAGAUGACAGAGGAUGCCCUGCUCGAAGGUGGGAGAGCGGCGCGCCGUAACAUCGAGCAUGCGGGGUUCUCUGAAGAUUUGAAGCGACAAUUAGAAGAGCGAGUCAAAGCAGCAUCAUUUAAAAGUGAGAAUGCUGCUGCACACUCGAUCCUCGAUAUGCCUGCUAGCGCAGGCCAAGGCACUCGGGAAACAGCGGCAGCUCCUGCAUGGACAGGAAGCGAAAGCUUACACGACUCAGCUCUACGAAUGCUCGACGAUGCUAGUAAACCGAUACGCACUCCCUACAAAAUACCCAACCCUGUCAACCUCCAGCCUGCCCCGAAACCAAAGCAUACGGCUGGUACCAGAUUAGCCAGUGCGAAAGAGCGUACUUCGACCUAUGCGUUUAGCCAGAGCCCUGGGUUAUCGGAGGAGGAGCGAGAAUCUAUUCGUCAAGAAAUGCGUGAGAAGUUAUCGCCGGGUGCAAUGGCUAUGCCGAUCUCGAUCCAGGGUCUCUCCUCUCUGGCAAAUGAACGGAUAGAAGAUGCGAUUGCCCGAGGACAAUUUCGGGGAAUCCCUCGUGGAAAAGGUAUCAAUACGGAGACGGAUCAUAAUGCCAAUAGUGCAUUCAUCGAUACGACCGAAUAUUUCAUGAACAAGAUAAUUCAAAAGCAGGAGAUUGUUCCCCCCUGGAUCGAGAAGCAACAGGAACUGGCUUUGGAAUUAAGCCGCUUUCGUUCAAGGAUACGUGUCGAGUGGAGAAGACAAGCAGCGCGACUCGUUGCUAGCCAGGGCGGGUCCUUGGAAGAGCAGAUGCGACGGGCGAGAGGCUAUGCCGCUGCGGAAGUUCGUUUAUCGGAAAAAGCCAAGUUGGAAGCAGCACUGCGCAAUAGCAGCACUGAAGAUGAAAGCGAACCUGUCGUGUCUGAGAUCGCAAGCGACGGACGCAUUGUUUCGAAGGUAGAGCCUGUUAGUGUGCCAGCUGCGCCCGAACCCCAGGAAGAACUACUCCAUCUACCUCCACUGCGAGAUCCGCAAUAUAUGGGUAUUGAACGCUCAUAUCAUGAGCUCGCUGUGAAGCAGAUGAAUUCUCUCACACGCUCAUAUAACCUGCAAGCGCCUCGCUCUGCACAGAAACCGUAUAUAAAUCUUGAGCGCGAAUUGAACUCUUGCUUUGCAGAUGUGGCGCCUGGAUUAGCAGAAGAAAUACGACGUCGGGCAACAGAGCGUGCUCGACCGCGGACUUCAGUUGUUGGUCCCUCGGCCAGUGUCUUUGGGUCACUUGGACCUGGUCCAUCAUCGGUUCGGGUGUAUGAAGAGGACAAGACCAAGUCGUACGGGAUGAAAGAAAUGUGGAGGGAUCUUUUUUCUAAGAAAGGCCAGUAG